CUGUGGUUCUCCCGGUUCUCCCGGUUCUCCGGUUCUCCUGCAGAUGCAGGAGGGGGGGCGGUCUUAGGCUCUAGCUUUAGCUGUGCUAACGUCUGGCUGUGGUUCUCCUGGUUCUCCCGGUUCUCCUGGUUCUCCUGGUUCUCCUGGUUUGGGAGGGGCGGGGGGUUGAUGUAUGUAGCUUUAGCUCUUCUAACGCCUGUGGUUCUCCGGUUCUCCGGUUCUCCGGUUCUCCUGCAGAUGCAGGAGGGGGCCGGCCCCCGGCGGGCCCUCAGCGUUCUGGACCGCCUGCUGCUGUCUCAUCCCGUCUGGCUGCAGCUGUCACUCAGCCGGGACCACGCCCACCACGUCCUGCUGAGGGAGCCCGCCGGGAGACGUGCUGCCGUUCCCCCUGCAGCUGCCGGACGCCAUCGCCAUGGCAACCACGCACGGCCAACUGGAGGCCAUCGCCCACCUGGGACAGGCACCACCCGCCUCUGCCCCGCCCCCCCCCCGGGGGCCCCCCCCCCCCCCCGGGCCCCGCCCCCCCCCCCGGUGGCGGGCGACGCCCCCCCGGUGGCGUGUGGCGGUGGCGAGCAGGGGGCGGCGGCCUCCAGGGAAAGAGUCAUGGAGGACUGGGACAGACGCAGACGCAUGCUGCGCUGUAACCGCUGCCGCCUGCUGGGGGCGCUGUGA